UGGCGGAGGCAGCUGGCACGCGGCUUUGUGGCGCGCGCAGGUUCCACUGGGUGUCGUGGAGGCACAGCCAGCGGGGACACUGUCUGGUCGCCGAUGCCUCAUGGCCAGCCCCGCGCGGUCCGGCUUCCCGGCGCGCACGAACAGCCGUCUGGACGCGUUCCUGCGGCGGCACCUGGCGCCCGAGGUCUACGACGCCGUCCGCGCCUACGAGCCGUGCAUCGUGGUGUCCGACGCCGAGAAGCACACGUUCAAGUACGUUGUGCUCAGCGACCGGCUUAUCUACCUGACCGAGAACCCGCCCAAGUCCAUCCGGAGGGUCGUGGCUCUGCGGGACGUCCUGGCCAUCGACCUGAUUGAUGAUUACCCAGAAUUUUUGAAUUCGUCAGAUAGAGAAAUCAACCAGCACAUUCGUAUUGUUUAUUCCUCAACGGCUCUGAAAAAAGAGUGUGGGAAAUCCAAAGGUGUUGGGAAAUUCCUGGUCUCACUUCACCGCAGCAAAGCUAACAAGAAAGUCAAGCAAGAUAAUAAUGGACCCAGGUUUUGGAGAAGAAAAGAUUCUAGGAGUCUGGACAAAUCCUCUCUCAGGUCCAACUAGGAGGGCAGCAUGCCAUUCAAGGACUCACUGCCCUGUCCUUCAGACCUCAAGCAUCUGUCCCUCCCUAGCCCAGGUGCCUCUCUGCCUUUACCUAUUCCCUCUAGGAGCUGUCAGUCUCCAGAAGCUUCCGGCUGGGCUGCCGGCUGGAUGUCUUUUGCGUCAAACACAGAAGAGCCCCAGGAGCCUCCAGAUCACAAAGACUGCUCAAGUGAAAUUCCUGUCAGGUUCGAUGGGAACAGGAAUGAGGUCCGCUUGGGAAAUUCUCUCCCAGCUUCUCCUAAGCACAGUAGCUCUGGCCUAGAGAAGGAGGAGUCAGAACUUCAUCUGUACAUCAUUUCUGAGACCUCCUCGAUAUUUCUGCACUUGAAGAGUUCGUGGAACAACUACAUUAUAAGAGCUACUCUUUCACAAGAGUCUCUACGUUCCAGUGAACACGGUCACACCGGGAAUCCAAAGCCAUACAGAUCCGAGGAGAAAAUUAAGCACUUCAGUCAGCUGAAAUCUGAGCUUUUCCUCCAAGACAACACUUUGAGGGAGAUUCUGUGUGUAGUCACGGAACUUAGAGUAGCAGCUCAGAGGAAUUUCAUCCUGAAAAGACUUUUCUGGAAAACCAGUGAGCUUUUCUACUUCCUAGUGGACAAACUUCAUGAGUACUUGCCAGAGUCUAGGGAUAAGACUGCACUUCAAAAUAAAAGCCAGAGGGCCAAUGAGCUGGUGGCGUGUAUUGAAAUUAUACAGACCCUGGGACUGAUGUUCAGGGAAACAGAAAUUGAAUCGUCACGACUGACCACUCUGGCCGCUAAGAAGGGAACGCUGCUUAAUCUCUUAGUAAUUUUAAUUAGCAAGCCUAAGGUUCCAAAGUCUUGCUCGAUGUCUAACGACGGCCAGCCACCGUCUGAUUCAACGUCAGCUGAAAUGUCUUGUGAUGCUCAGUUACAGAAGCUUAUCCUGGAGUAUACGGACAAGGCUACAGCCCUGCUCUAUGAGACUCUUCUUGUUUUUCAGCAGGGAAAUCUUGGAUUGGGAUCCACAAAGUUUGCUAUUAGCUGGAUGAUGUCAACCCUGCAGAGCUGCCCUCCCACAAUGGGUUUUGUGGGCAGCAUCGUGAGGCGUGUGGUGGACCGGCUUUCAGCCUCGCUCCAGCUGCUGACUCCCUGCCAAGCGGUUCUGCUGUACCAGCAGCUUUAUAUCCUCAAGAGCUGCCUGCAGUAUAGCAAGGCCCUCGCCGAGUAUAUCAGGAACCACCACAGCGAAGAGUUCAGGUACUUCAUUCACAUGCCAGCCUUGGAAAGGAGGCUCCCGGUGUGGUACCCUAUUACGGAGCCCACCACUCAACUCUGUCAUGAGGUUCUACAAUUGAUUGAACAGAGACAAUAUGCAAAAUGCUAGAGAAGAUAAAGUAUAAAGUGUCCAUUUAAGUCAAUA